AAGAAAGUGUAGUAAAGAAUGGCUGCAACUCCAGGGGUGUUAACAGAUUGGCCAUGGAAGCCUCUUGGCAGCUUUAAGCAUGUGGUAUUGGCGCCAUGGGUAGUUCAUAGCGUGUACUCGUUCGUUGCGAAAGCAGAAAGCGAGAGAGAUGUAUUGAAUUUAGUGAUUGCCCCAUUUCUGUUGUGGAGGAUGCUUCAUAACCAGAUUUGGAUUUCUCUUUCUCGCCACCAAACUGCCAAAGGCAACAGGAGGAUCGUUGAUAAGGGCAUUGAGUUUGACCAAGUUGACAGAGAGAGAAAUUGGGAUGACCAGAUCCUGUUGAAUGGGCUGCUGAUGUACAUAGUCAACAUGGCAUUGCCUUCAGCUUCUCACCUGCCCAUUUGGAGAAUAGAUGGAGCAAUCCUCACAGCUUUGCUUCACAUUGGGCCGGUGGAAUUCCUCUACUACUGGCUCCACAGGGCUUUGCACCACCACUACCUCUACUCUCGCUACCACUCCCACCACCACUCCUCCAUUGUCUCCGAGCCCAUCACUUCUGUGAUUCAUCCAUUUGCCGAGCACAUAGCCUACUUCUUGCUCUUUGCCAUACCAAUGAUGACCGCAGUGCUCACCAGGACUGCCUCUGUCAUCUCUCUCCUUGGCUACAUUACCUACAUUGAUCUCAUGAACAACAUGGGCCACUGCAACUUUGAGCUCGUCCCUAAGCGCCUCUUCUCCAUUUUCCCUCCUCUCAAGUACAUGAUGUACACGCCCUCAUAUCAUUCACUCCAUCACACACAAUUCCGAACCAAUUACUCCCUUUUCAUGCCGAUCUACGACUACAUCUAUGGCACCAUGGACAAGUCCUCUGAUUCGCUGUACGAAACUUCGCUGAGGAAGCAAGAAGAUUCGCCGGAUGUGGUGCAUCUAACACAUCUAACGACUCCUGAAUCUAUCUAUUAUCUUCAGAUAGGAUUUGCCUCCCUGGCUUCCAAGCCCCAGAUGCCUAAAUGGUACCUCUGCCUAAUGUGGCCCGUGACAUAUUGUUCUAUGUUCAUGAAUUCCAUCUAUGGCCACACCUUCAUCGAGGAGAGAAAUGUCUUUGGGAAGCUCAAGUUACAGUCAUGGACGAUACCGAGAUAUAGUAUAAAGUACUUCUAUGAUUUCCAAAGGCAAGCCUUGAAUAGAUUAGUGAAAGAAGCUAUAGUUGAAGCAGAUGCAGCAGGCGCCAAGGUGUUGAGUCUAGGCCUUCUAAACCAGGGAAAGGAAGUUAGCGGAAACGUGGAGCUCUAUAUCCAAAUCCAGCCUCAGCCUAAGAUCAAGGUUGUGGACGGAAGUAGCUUAAUAGUUGCUAUUGUUGUAAAUAGCAUACCCACCGGAGCAACUCAAGUCCUCCUCAGGGGCAAUUUAUCCAAAGUUGCUCGUGCCAUUAUCUCCGCUUUAUGCGAAAGAGGCAUCCAGGUAUCUAUGUUUUAUGAAGUCGAAUUUGCGAAGCUUAAGCUAACCUCCAAGUUUGGAAGCAAUUUGGCUCUCUCCAAAAAAAUUUCUGAGAAGAUAUGGUUGGUGGGAGAUGGAUUCAGUAAGGAGGAACACUUGAAGGCACCAAAAGGAACAUUGUUCAUUCCCUUCUCAGAAUUCCCCCCAAAGCAGCUGCGCAAGGAUUGUUUCUACUACCACACACCUUCGAUGGUGGUCCCGGGGUCGCUCCAAAACUUGCACUCUUGUGAGAAUUGGCUGCCGAGAAGGGUGAUGAGCGCUGCUCGAGUAGCCGGAAUUGUGCAUGCAUUGGAAGGAUGGAACGUAGACGAAUGUGGUUCGAAGAUGUUCGAUGUUGAGAAGGUUUGGGAAGGCAGUCUUAAGCAUGGGUUUAGGCCUCUGAUGAUGCCCAAUUUGGAGAAGACUACUUGAGCUUAAUUAAUUAGUUAAUGCAAAUUAGUAAUCUGCUUAUCUUCUUCUGGAAGACAAUUUACAUAUAUAUAUAUAU